AUGACGACCCCUGAUAAGAAAGCGGUGGUGGUUGGCGCUGGCGUAGUGCUGGGCCUCACGAUUGCGCAUGAGCUCCGCUCGCGCUGCUACGAUGUGACGAUCAUCGCGCGUGACCUUCCCGAGGACACCUAUUCGCAAGGCUUUGCCUCGCCGUGGGCCGGCGCGAACUGGGUCUCGUUCGCCGGAAAGAACGAGACGGAGCGUCGCCGCGAUUCGAUUGCCUACAAAAAGUUCCAGGCGCUCCAGAAGGAGCUGCCGGACGAGACGCUCGCGUUCAUGCCCUUUUCGUGCUUCCACGACAAGGACAAUGACCAUGACCAGUAUUGGUUCGGCGAGCUGUGUGGCGGCAUGAAAAUCAGUGCCGGGCACCCCAAGUCGACCAAUGCUGCGCCGUACCUGUACGAGUUCCGCUCGCUCGGCCUCAAUGUCCCUCGCUACACCAAGUGGCUGGUGCAGCGUCUCCAAGAAGAGCACAAGGACCUGAGCGGCCCUCCUGUGCGCUUUGUGCGUGCGAUCCUGCCCUCGCUCAAGGCUGCCGCAGAGCUCGUCCCUGACGCGGCGCUGCUCAUCAACGCCUCUGGCCUCGGCAGCAAGAGCCUGAACGAUGUGCGUGACGACAAAGUCUACCCCAUCCGUGGCCAGACGGUGCUUGUGUACGCGCCGCGCUUCCGUGACGCCAAGUACACGCGAUGCUACAGCCGGAUUACUCCCCAUGGUGCGAGCUACGUGAUCCCCCGUGCGCGUAGCGGCCAAGUGAUUUUGGGAGGCACGUUUGACGAGCGCAACACCAACCCGCUGAAGCCCAAUGUGGACGUCACCGAGCGCAUCCUGAAGGAGUGUGUCGCCCUUGCGCCCGAGCUCCUGCCUGACUACGUCGACCCCAAGGACCCCAACGCGUGGGUGGGCCUCGAUGUGAUCAGCAACAACAUCGGUGUGCGCCCCGCGCGCGAAGGCGGGGCGCGUGUCGAGCUCGAUGCGCCGCUCAGCGUGCACGGCCGCAAGGUCGGUGUGAUCCACGCGUACGGAAUUGGCCCUGCUGGCUACCAGGCCAGCUACGGCGUCGCAGCCGACGUCGGCGCGCUCGUCGACCAAUGGCAGCACGCUCAGGCGCGCCCCGCCAAGUUGUAG